AUGAUAUCCGACACCGCCAGCGAACCAAUCGCUAUCAUAGGCACUGGCUGUCGCUUCCCUGGCCAGUCGAACACGCCGGCACGCCUAUGGAGUCUUCUCGAGAAUCCCCAGGACAUCCUAAAGGAGAUACCCACCGACCGCUUUAGCGCAGAAGGCUUCCAUAACGCUGACAGCAACUAUCAUGGCAACAGUAACGUCCUACACUCAUACUUCUUGGACGAGAACGUGCGCCAGUUUGACGCAAGGUUCUUCGGCAUUAAACCCAUCGAAGCCAAUGCCAUUGAUCCGCAGCAACGCCUACUGCUGGAAGCAGUAUACGAAGGUCUAGAGGCUGCAGGACAGAGGAUCGAAGAUCUACAGGGCUCAGACACUGCAGUCUAUGUUGGUGUGAUGUGCGGUGACUACGAGGCGAAACUUCUCCGAGAUCUAGACACCAUACCAACCUACCAUGCGACAGGCGUUGCUCGUAGUAUCCUCUCAAACAGAAUCUCCUACUUAUUUGACUGGAGGGGCCCGUCCAUGACCAUCGAUACUGCAUGCUCCUCCAGUCUCGUGGCUCUACACCAAGCCGUUCAGACCCUCCGCCAGGGAGACUCACGCGUUGCUAUUGCUGCGGGGACUAACCUGAUUCUUGGCCCUGAAAACUACAUAGCCGAGAGCAAACUCAAAAUGCUAUCUCCAACCGGCCGCUCGCGUAUGUGGGAUGCGGAUGCGGAUGGGUAUGCACGAGGUGAGGGUGUUGCUGCCGUUGUCCUCAAGAAAUUGAGCGACGCGAUCAAGGAUAAUGAUCACAUCGAAUGCAUAGUCCGUGAAAUAGGCCUAAACCAGGAUGGUCGUACGGACGGCAUUACUAUGCCCAGCCCCAGCUCUCAAGCCAGCCUAAUCCGCCAGGUUUAUUCCAAGACUGGCCUGGACCCACGUAACGAGACGGACCGCUGCCAAUUUUUCGAGUGCCAUGGAACCGGCACACCUGCAGGCGAUCCAGUAGAGGCACAAGCGAUUCAUGAUGCCUUCUUCGGCGCAGAUACCUGCCACCGACCUGAGACUAUGACGCCUCUCUACGUUGGAUCAAUUAAGACCGUUGUUGGGCACACUGAAGGAACUGCAGGGCUUGCCGCUGUCAUUAAAAUGUCUCUGGCGCUACAGCGGAGCGUUAUCCCUCCCAACUUGCUCUUUAACCGGCUCAACCCAAAUAUAAAGCCGUUCUACAACCAUCUUCAUAUUCCAACGGCACCUAUACCCUGGCCGGCCGUGGCUGCUGGUCAACCGCGCCGAGUAAGUGUCAACAGCUUUGGCUUUGGUGGUGCAAAUGCCCACGUCAUUUUAGAGAGCUAUCAAUCAGGUAUCGACAUGACAAAGACUUUGGAGAGCUGCAAUGAUGUUGCCGCCAUUACUGUACCUUUCUUAUUCUCGGCGAGCUCCCAACGAUCCCUUAAAUCUUUGCUCUCUUCAUAUUCUGCAUACCUGAAAGAGAGUAAUUUAGUCGAUAUAAGAAAUCUAGCAUGGACGUUGUAUUCGCGCAGAAGCGUUCUCUCGGUGCGAGCAUUUUUUGUUGCUGCAAAUAUCGGUGAACUUAUCAGCAAGCUAGAUGCAGCGAUCGAAUCAGAAAAUAUUGGAAUCGAAACUACUUCCAAACAAUCAAGUCCUCCGAAACUUUUAGGAAUUUUUACUGGGCAAGGCGCACAAUGGGCUGCAAUGGGAAGAGAGCUCAUCCGGCAGUCCCCAUUUGCCAAGUCGCGCCUCCAAUUCCUGGAUGCACAGCUGCAGCGUCUACCAACUGAUGAUCGCCCAUCUUGGUCGUUACUGUCCAAACUGGUUGAUGGUGGCGAUAUUAGUGAAGCCUGUUUAUCCCAGCCGAUAUGCACUGCCGUUCAGGUGCUUCUGGUCGACCUGCUCCGGAUAGCAGGCAUAAAAUUUCACACUGUAGUUGGGCACUCUUCGGGAGAAAUUGCUGCAGCUUAUGCUGCUGGCUAUAUCACUGCUGAAGAUGCAUGCUGUGUUGCAUAUUACCGUGGCAUGCAUGCUUCUAUUGCCUGUGGAGCUAAUGGCCAGCCUGGAAAGAUGAUAGCUGUCGCGACUUCGCGGGACGAUGCACAAGAGCUCUGCGGUCUACCAUACUUCCGAGGACGAAUAUGUGUUGCGGCGGCCAAUGCACCAAACAGUGUCACCUUGUCUGGUGAUGCUGACGCGAUCUUGCAAGCCCAGAUUGUAUUUGAGGACGAGGAGAAGACGGCUAAAAUCUUGUUUGUCGACAAAGCCUAUCAUUCCCAUCACAUGCAGCGUUCCGCUGUGGCAUACGAGAAGUCCCUCUCGUCUUUUAGACCGAAAUUUUUCCCUAGAAGCGAGGCGACGGGUAAGUGGUUCUCGAGUGUCUAUAAUGAAGAAUUCAGUAAUAUCCCCGAGGGGCUCCACUCAGAUUACUGGAACGCAAAUAUGGUCAACGCUGUUCUCUUUGCUGACGCAGUUGGAAAGGCCUACCGAGAGAGUGGCCCAUUUGACGCCGCAAUCGAAGUAGGUCCGCAUCCCGCUUUGAAAAGCCCAACCCUAAAGACUGUCGAGGAGAUUCCCGGCGUAAAGGGGCUACCCUAUACUGGUGUCCUGCAGCGCGGUCAGAACGAUAUCAAGGCAUUUGCAGCCGGUGUUGCUAUCAAUAUUCGAGAAUACGAAGAUGCCAUUACUGGCCCUCAUCCACGAUCACUUCUGGUGGGCCUUCCAACGUACCCUUGGGACAAAGAACGUGAGUUUUGGCAUGAAUCACGCGCCUCUAGGAAUGCUCUCUCACGCAAAGAACCCACGCAUGAAUUGCUUGGAAAUCUUUUACCUGAUGGCACGGAAGGGAAAGAGUAUCGUUGGCGUAACUUCUUGUCCGUCAAGGAGGUCGCCUGGCUUGAUGGACACAAGUUACAACAACAAACUGUUUUCCCGGCCGCGGGCUAUGCAUCAAUGGCCUUUGAAGCUUCCAAGGAAUUGUGUGGUAGCCGGACAGCCAAGAUGAUCGAAGUGCAGGAUAUGACUAUUCAUAAUGCUCUUGUCUUCCGAGAGGAUGAUGUACCUGUUGAGACGCUGUUCACAUUGACAAAUGUCACUGAAAAGGGCGACAAUAUCGGUGCUGAUUUCUCCCUCUACGCGACAACGGGGGACCAAGCAGAUACACUGCUGGCACCCAAAGCCAGCGGGACUCUCAAAGUCAUCUUGGGGGAACAUAACCCUAACCUACUUCCUGCUCGCAGAGAAUCUGAACCUCUCAUGAUUAAUGUUGACCGUGAACGAUUCUACUCAGCACUAGAAACCCUCGGAUACGGCUACACUGGCCCUUUCAAGGCUCUCGACAAUCUCACUAGAAAGGCAGGGGUUGCCUCUGGCACCUUGACUAACAUGUUGGAUGAUACAAACUAUGGAGAUCGACCAUUGUUGAUUCAUCCAGCAGCUUUAGACACAGCUAUUCAGGCAAUAAUCCUGGCGUAUUGUUACCCUCACGACGGAAAUCUUUGGUCCAUUCACGUCCCUACUCAAAUUCAUUCUAUCCGCAUAAACCCCACGCUAUGUGCCGAGCAUUUCUCGAAGACAGACUCAUUCAUUUUUGACGCGACACAGACUGCCAGAAAAGGGCCUGGCUUGUUUGGCGAUGUUGACGUCUAUAACCCCAGUGGCGAGUAUGCUAUAGUGCAGCUGCAAGGGGUUCAGUGUGUUCCAUUUUCGCAAGCCACAGCUGCGGAUGACACCAAAAUCUUUUCCAGGACCGUAUGGGGACCAGUUACUCCUAACUGCAAUUCUGUUUGUUGGGAUGGGCGUGCCACUGAGAGUCAAUAUCAACUGGCUCGUGACCUCGAAAGGGCGUGUCUAUACUACCUUAAUUCCUGGGAGCGAGAUAUUCCGCAAGACCACCCGGCUCGGACUGAAGGUUCGUAUAAGGGCCUGUUCCGGUUUUCAUCACACAUUCGGACGCAAGUUUCCCGUGGAAAGAACAAAUACUGCAAGAGGGAGUGGAUGAAUGACACCGAAGAUGUUAUCCAGUCAAUCCGAGAAAAGCACGGCGACAAUAUAGACAUGAAGAUGGUAGAAGCUGUCGGCCGCAAUAUACCAUUAGUUGUCCGGGGCGAGACAACCAUCCUCGAACAUCUAUUUAAGGACGACCUUCUCACCAGAUACUAUGCGGACGCCCUUCCGUUCCCAUCAUACACUAGGUAUCUCGCGCGAACGGUCAAGCAGCUCACCCACCGUUAUCCAGCUAUGAAAAUCCUGGAAGUUGGUGCAGGAACAGGCCAUGCCACGAGACAAAUUUUCAAGGAAAUCGGGCAGACUUUCCAAAGCUAUCAUUUCACCGAUAUUUCUUCGGGAUUUUUUGAAAAGGCGCAGCAAGCCUUCGAGGAUUAUGAGGAUAAGAUAUCAUUCCAGGUGCUUGAUAUCGAAAAUGACAUAUCGACACAGGGUUACCAGACACACUCGUUCGACCUCGUCGUUGCAUCAUUUGUGCUACAUGCAACAGCAAAACUCGAAACCACACUUCGCAACGUGCGGCGCCUGCUCAAGCCUGGUGGAUACCUUUUUUUGCUAGAGGUGACCGACAAUGAACCGAUGCGUUCCAGCUUCUCCUUCGGUUCCCUUCCUGGAUGGUGGGCCGGUGAAGAGGAUGGGAGGUUACUUUCGCCCUGUGUAGAGCCAGUUGUAUGGGAUUCUCUACUACGUCAGACUGGCUUCAGUGGUGUUGACUCCAUCACAGAUGAUGUGGAUGAUGGCCUUCCAUUCCCAGCUUCCGUCAUGACGUCGCAGGCAGUCGACGACCGCAUCAACCUCUUGCGUGAACCGAUCGCUGAGCUCCGCUCUCUGGGCCACAAGCCCAUCGACGACGACCUUAUCAUUAUUGGUGGCUCUUCACUAAAGACCUCCAGGCUAAUAAACCAAGUCCGAGCCCUCUUGUCGCCUAUGUAUAAGAGUGUAGCCAGCCUCAAAGAUUGGGAAGAGAUGGAGCCUGAGGCUGUGACAUCGACCACCAGUAUCCUUAACCUCUCCGAUCUUGACCAACCGGUUUUUGCAGGGCUCACAGAGCGCAGCUUUGAUGGCAUGAAGUCUGCAUUUGAGAAUGCAAAGUUGAUUGUCUGGAUCACCGAGGGUUGCCAUGCCGACAACCCCCACGCAAAUAUGUCAGUUGGCUUUGGGCGCUCUAUGCUCUGGGAAGCCCCAGCCUUGAAGUUGCAAUUCAUUGACUACGAGCACCGAAAUUAUAAGCCUGAGGGAAUAGCUGAAGCGUUACUGCGAUUUGAGCUCGCGACUAACUGGGACAGCAAGGGCCAGAUGAACAAUAUGCUUUGGUCUAUAGAGCUUGAGAUUUUAGACACGAACAACGAUAUCAUGGUGCCACGCCUCGUGGCACAUGAAGAGCAGAACAAGCGCUAUAAUUCUGCGCGUCGUGAAAUCCUGGAACAAGUGAACCCGAUGGAAUUCUGUGUCACUGCUAUAGAUGAUGGUUCCCAUAUAAACCUGGAUAAGGGUCCACGGUUAGAGGACCUGGAGAAGGCAGCAAAGGGAGCGAGCUCUUCUACGUGCUUGAUGAACGUUCAGCUAUCAUCGACUUUGCCAGUCCCGAUUGGGACGAACAGUCGACUAUUUGUUCUUUUUGGCACGGAUCACAACAGCGGCGAAACCAUGAUCGGCUUAUCUGAGACGAACGCCUCCGCUGUGUUGCUACCCUUUGCUCGGGCUGUUAAAGUUGCUACUCUAGACGACGAGGAGCAGUUCCAACUGGUUUCUAUGGCUAUUGACUGUAUGCUUGUGGCUCAUAUAUUCUCCGGCCUAUUGGAAGGCGAUACACUUCUUGUCCAUGAGCCAAGUUCCCAACUUGCAGGUGCUCUCUCCAGGCGCUCGGCUAAAAAGGGCAUCGACCUCCAAAUCACCACGACCCAGGCCGACAGCCCCUCUAGAGGCUGGGUCUAUCUAGCACCAUUCUUGAAUGAUAGUGGUGUCGCACAGAAACUACCACAUUCUAUACAAAAGUUUGUCAACUUGUCAAGUAGUGCGGAAUCGCAUGAUAUCUCAUUCGCCAUUAUGAGAUGUCUUCCUCGCUACUGCAAGAGGGAGAGUGUUGAGACUAUUUUUGAGAAUUUAACUUACAUCUCGCGUGCUGAUUCCGAUGAGGUGCUUCAGGAGCAUCUAGACGCGGCAGUUGAUUUUGCCCUGAGUGAUAUCAACGACAACGUACCAACCAGUGCUAGCGUAGACGCCAUUCCGAUCAGCGACCUCCGGGGCCCAAACGAAGACAGCGCGGCUCACCUACCGGUCACUAUCAAGCCUGCCGAUUCGAAGCCUCUCUUUUCCCCUGACUGCACCUACUGGCUAGUAGGACUUACUGGAGAUCUCGGCCUUUCGCUUUGCCAAUGGAUGAUCCGGCUUGGUGCGAAAACAUUGCCACCACUAGGAGGAGUGGCCCAGGGAGCUAUGGUGCUCCGGGACACCGCAGUCCGUGAUAUGAACUUUGAUACGAUGAUGAAGGUGACGGCCCCCAAGGUACAGGGGAGUAUUAACCUGGAGGAAAUAGUGGGUGACCGUGAUCUCGAUUUCUUCGUCUAUUUCUCGUCGAUGACAGAAGUUGUGGGUAAUAUUGGUCAGUCCAACUAUACAGCAGCCAAUGCCUUCAUGGUAAGCCUUGCUGCUCAACGCCGCAAGCGUGGGCUGGCAGCCUCUAUCAUAAACAUUGGCGUUAUCAUCGGUGUUGGUUAUGUCACCCGCGAGGCUAGCCAGGCUGGCCAGGAGAACUUGUAUAAAGGUGGCUACAUGUGGAUGUCUGAGCAGUCCUUCCAUCAGAUAUUUGCCGAAGCUGUUAUUGCCGGCCGGAGAGAUUCCGGCCUAGAAACUGAGAUCUCCACGGGCUUGCGUCAUAUUAAACCAUCCGAAGAGAAUAAGCCUAUUUGGUUCGACAACCCAAGGUUUUCCCAUCAUGUUCUUACAACCUCCGCUGGCGAUGCUGGUCCAAGCAACGGUGGUAUCGUUAUCCCGCUAAAGUUACAACUAGAAGAGGCCACAACACAGGAGGAAGUAUUCAAUAUUGUUAGAAAUGCUUUCUUAACAAAGCUACAACGCCUAUUAAAGGCUGACCCAAGUGAAGGACGCACAGAGGCUUCAGUAUUAGCUCUGCGGACUGAUGACCUGGGCAUCGACUCCCUCGUCGCAGUAGAGGUUCGUACGUGGUUCCUAAAGAACCUCUUUGUCAAUGUGCCAGUACUCAAGAUCCUCGGCGGCGCACGAAUUGGCGAAAUCCUCGAGCACGCACUAUCGCAAGCAAGUAAAGAUCUCACGCCCAAAUUGGGCCAAUCCACCGACACAGAAGCAAAGGCUGCUCCAGUAACCCAGCCUAUCCGCCUCUCAGACGUUGAAGCGCCAUCCAGCAGCAAUUUGACCCCGCUGUCGGCCAAUGGCUCUGAGGAUGUCAUUGCCGACAAUUCGUCUGCAACAUCCCUUUCCACAGAACCCCAUCAAGAAGAGAAGGAGGAAAUUGUAAAUGAGCCAAAGCCACUCGCUGUGGAGAGGUAUGGGCCGUUGUCCCAUGGGCAAUCCAUGUUCUGGUUCGUCAAUAUCUUCGUUGGAGACCCUACCACACUAAACCACACCGGCUUAUUUCGCAUCAGAGGCAAGCUGCGCAUUUCAGAUCUCAAACUUGCCAUUACUAAGGUUGCAAUGGCACACGAAAGUCUCCGGACUUGUUUUUAUGAAGACACUCAGGGCAACGGUCAAGUAGUGCAGGGUAUUAUGGAACAUCCCAAGCUACACCUUGAAACACAACGCAUCACAGACGAAGAGGAAGUUUCCCAAAAAUUCAAUGAACUCACAGCUCACAUAUACGAUCUAGAAAAGGGCGAGACGAUGCGGGUCAUCGCCUUGACGAAGUCGUCGAGUGAACACUAUUUCUUGAUUGGAUGCCAUCAUAUCAAUGUAGACGGCCUAAGCCACCAGGUUCUAAUGAGGGAUAUUGAGAUGGCAUACAACGGAGAACCACUAGGGAAACCACUGCAGUACCUUGACUUCACCCUACGACAAAGGGAGGAGCUACUGAACAGCAUGUGGACCCGGGAAUUGACUUACUGGAAGGGCAUUUUCCGAGAUAUUCCACAGCCAAUACCUGUCUUAUCACUACCGGAUGCACAGUCACGCACUCGCUUGACCAACUAUAAUUUCCACAAGACUCGCACCCGGUUAAGUCCAGAGCUCACGAAGCAGAUCAAUCAGCAAAGUCGUCAUCUAAAAGUAACCCCGUUCCACUUUUACCUCGUUGCGUUUCAGGUAGCUCUUGUUCGCCUAUCCGACGCUGAAGACUUCUGUAUUGGCAUCGGCGACGCCAACCGAACCGGGUCUGACAUGCUUGGUAGUAUCGGCCCCUACGUUAACUUACUUCCGCUGCGCUUCUCAGGACAUUUUGAAGAGCGAACCUUCGCCGAUGUGGCCCAGGAGACCCGAAAGAAUGUCUUAGAGGCGCUGGCGCACUCAAGGGUUCCAUUCUCAGCCUUGCUGGAUGUGCUUAAUGUAUCCCGAUCCGAGUACCACAGCCCCCUGUUCCAAACCUUUGUGGACUAUCGGGAAGGGGCAAAGGAAAAAACAACAUUCGGGGAUAUGCAGCUUGAAAUGUUAGACUUUGAGACUGGCAGAACCGCGUAUGAUGUGAACCUCGACAUCGUGGAUAACCCAGCCGGGUGCAUGAUAGAUAUCAUGGUCCAAUGCAGCCUUUACUCCCAAGGUGAUGCGGAGCUGUUUGCAGAUAGUUAUAAAACUAUCUUGGACACGUUCUCUAAAUACCCUGACCAGGCUCUAUGUAACCCCGUCAUCUUUUCUGAUGAGAAGAUUCGCGCUGCAUUAGAUUUGAGCCGAGGACCCUCUUACCCUUCCCAGUGGCCUGAAACGUUAAUUCAUCGCGUGGCUGAUGUCGUACGUGAGUUCGGUGAAAAUCCGGCAAUUAAAGAUGGUCACGGUAACCUUCUCACAUAUGAACAAAUGUUCAGUCGCACCUCUAGUAUCGCUAUGGAGCUGUCAGAUUCAGGAGGGAAACAAGGAUCAACAAUUGCGGUAUUUCAAGAGCGAACUUCGGAUUGGGUUUGCUCGUUACUAGCGAUUAUGCAUGUUGGCGCUAUAUAUAUCCCCCUAGAUCCAAGCUCACCAAUUGAAAGGCUAAUCAGCAUUGUGGACGAUUGCCACCCAGCGGCCAUUCUUGUCGAUAGGAAUACUGUGGACAAGGUAUCAAGCUUAAAAGCUGAACAGGUAAUGGUGGUCAAUGUCUCGUCAAUUCUACAAGACUCUGUCACUGGAUGUGUCCCAAUUGGAGCAACUGCCCAUACCCCAGGAGUUAUUCUAUACACGAGCGGCUCUACAGGAACUCCAAAGGGGAUCACGAUCCGUCAUAACAGCCUAAGGAAUGAAAUCGAGUUUUCGGCUUUAACUUAUGGCCUCGGCGCUGAGCGAGUGCUCCAACAGAGUGCAAUGAGCUUUGACAUGUCCCUAACGCAAAUAUUCGGUGCUCUCGCAUUCGGGGGAUAUGUAUACAUCUGCCCCUCGAGUAUGCAUGCAGACCCCAUUUCGCUCAGCCAACUAAUGGCUUCCGAACAGAUCACCAUGACUGGCGGAACCCCAUCCGAAUAUAUCAGUUGGAUUAGGAACGGUCUGCCUAAUCUCCAAAACUCUCCGUGGAAGAUAGCGAUAUCUGGAGGAGAACCGGUGACUACUGGCCUAACUCAUGCAUUUCGAUCACUUGGAAAGGCCCGGUUAAGUCUCUUCAACGCAUAUGGUCCAACCGAGGUCACUUGCUCGUCUAACCGCGGGGAAGUGAUGUAUAAGGAGAGUCUCUCGACCCCUAUUUCAGCCGGGAAAGCUGCUCCUAACGCCUAUAUAUACAUUGUAGACAGUUGUCUGCACCCCUUACCAGUAGGAUGUGUUGGAGAAAUCGUUGUUGGUGGAGCUGGUGUCGCUAUGGGAUAUCUUCACAGGGAAAGUGAAACAAGGAAAAGAUUCGUUCAUGACAAGAUCACAACGCAUAAAGACCCCAUGUUUACCUCAGGGCAAUCACUUCAUAGAACUGGAGACCUCGGCCGUCUUCUGUCGGACGGUAGUCUCAUUGUUGAGGGUAGAAUAGGGGGCGAUACGCAGGUCAAACUGCAUGGCAUUCGGAUUGACCUGCAGGACGUUGAGCGGGCAAUUCUGCAGGCGGGACAAGGAAGGAUAAUUGAAGCCGUUGCGUCUGUACGGCAGGUGGAUGACGAGAUGCCCAGAUUUAUCGUUGCCCAUGUGGUUUUGUCAAAGGAGACAUUGACAAUGGACCAGGGCCUUGAGGAGGCACUGCCUUUGCCACGACACAUGAAGCCUUCUCUCAUUAUACCUGUUAGUUCCUUGCCUAAGGGAAGCAGCGGGAAAGUUGACCGCAAAAGAGUGGCGAGCUUGGCACUGGACUAUGACCAUGUUCCAGGUUGCUCUGCUACUCAACAACUAAUGCCUGAGGAGGCUGCACUAAAGGAGACCUGGUCUAAUGUCUUGCCCGACAAUAUAUUCAGGCAGCAUAAUAUAACCGGAAAAACAGAUUUCUUUCACGUCGGUGGCAACUCCCUGUUGUUGGUUAACCUGCAGAGGUGCAUCAUGGAGAACUAUGGUGUUCAUUUAGACCUGGCGCAGCUGUUCGAAUCGAGCACUCUAAGCCGCAUGGGCUGGCUUAUCAAGGAAAGGAAGGCUGCAUUACAGGAAGAUGUGAUCGAUUGGAACGUCGAGACAGAGCUGACGCACAGAGCAGUCACUACUACAGACACGCCAGCCGUUAUGGCGAACUUCGAAGGAGGCCCAAGAGUUGUUGUACUAACAGGUGCAACCGGUUACUUGGGCAGGGCCCUCCUAGAGAAACUAGUGGUGGACGACUUGGUGCAGUCUAUCUACUGCAUUGCUGUACGUCGGCCAACGGCAGAGCUUGCAAAAUCCGACAAGGUACGCAUAUAUCGCGGAAACUUGGGCAGCCCAAUGCUGGGCCUGUCAGAAGAAGACGCAGAACACAUCUUCGCCAAAGCCAGUGUUAUCAUUCAUAAUGGAGCCAAUGUGUCACAUCUCAAGCACUACCGGACCUUGAGGGCGGAGAACGUCAGCUCGACGAAAGAGCUGAUUCAGCUCGCUCUGCCACGGCGGAUACCGAUCCACUACGUGUCCACGGCCGGCGUAUCACUCUACACUGGGGUAGAUGAAUUUGGCGAAGUGUCUGCGGCAGCCAAUCCGCCACCAACUGACGGCGCAGAUGGCUACACUGCCUCUAAAUGGGCUAGCGAGGUCGUUCUGGAGAAGGCAGCGCGGGCACACGAUGGACUAGCCAUCACCAUCCACCGGCCAUCCAACAUCAAACGUGAGGAUGUACCGGAGCUCGACCUGUUCCAGAACCUAUUAAAGUUCAGUCGUCUUGCAGCUGCAGUGCCAUCCUCUCCCAAACUCCGGGGCUUCCUGAACCUGGUCACUGCGGACGACUGCGCCAGUGAGAUCCUCACGGAGGCACUGAGGCAGGUUAGCAGCCCAGCUUGCCGGUAUUUCCAUCGGAUUGGAGACGUUAAUAUUCGCCUUGAGGACCUCGAGAAGUAUAUGGCCGGGAACAUAGGACGGCCUACCGAGACGCUCCCGCUGCUAGAGUGGACAGAGAGAGCAGAAGGACUGGGGUUGCACCCGUCCAUUGCCUCAUUCUUCAGGCGAGCAGAGCAGGGCGGACAGAUAAACUAUCCCUUACUGGUGCGAGGCAGUUAG